AUGAAUCGAUAUAUCAAUUCAGUAGAAAAAUUAGCUCCUAAUGGAUCGACGCAACAAAAUGAAUCAUUUAACCACAGAGUAGCUUUAAAAUGUCCUAAAUCGAAGCACUUUUCUGGUUCUCAAUCUUUUUCUUUCCGUGUAGCAGCCGCAGUGAAUACAAAAAACAUAGGAUAUACAUAUAUUAACGAAGUCUAUAAGAAAGCUAACUUCAGUCCUACUAAAAGCAACGUAACUUACAGACAAAUAAAAGAACAGAAAAUGGCAAAGAAAAAAUUAUUUGAAUACAGUCCAGCAGGAAAGAUCAAAAGAAAGGCGUUAAAAAAAUCAAGAGCAUCUAAAGCUAGUAAAAAUAAACAGAAAGAAGGACUCACUUAUGAAAGUGAUGUAGGUCUCAGUGGUAUUUUAGAGCUUGCCAUUGAAACUCCGUCGACAAGCGUAUGCCCUACAGUAUUAACUAGUUAUCAAUUUGACAGUUCAAUAGAAUGGAAAAUAAUGUAUGUAGAUACUGAAACUACCGGUUUUAGUGUGGAUAAAGACCAAGUGUGUCAGAUUGCAGCCUAUGACGGAGAAUGCAAUUUUAAUGUUCAUAUAGUUCCUACAGUAUCCAUUAAACUAAAAGCAUCAAUUAUAACUGGAUUGACCGUUAACAAUGGCAAUUUAUUCUGUCGAGACAAUAAAUUGGCUACAGUUUCCAGAGAGUCUGCUAUAUUACAAUUUAUUGAAUUUUUAGAAAGUCAUAAGAGCACUGAACCAAAUAUAAUAUUAGUUGGUCAUAAUAUAAUUAAAUUUGAUGCUUUACGCAUUGAAAAAUUGACUAGACAGUUUGGCUUAUAUGAAAGAUUUACGCAGGUUGUAUAUGGGUACUCUGAUACACUCGAUGUUUUAAAGAAGAAAUUACCGGAGAGAGUUCAACAAAAGCUAUCUUUUUCAGAAACAAAUUUAGUAAAAGAUUAUUUGCCACAAGAAAACAUUGUAAAUUUGCACGAUGCCCUACAAGACAUCAAAACUUUGAAAAAGUUAAUCGAAUAUGUAGGCGUAACUGAUAAAGAAAUAAUAAAUCAGAGUAAGAGCCUAGUACAGUUACAAGAAGCCGCACAAUUUAGACAACAACAAUAA